AUGUGGAAAAGAAAGAGGGCGCACCCAUCAAACACAAUGUCUGUUAGUAGUAAACUGCCAUUAGACAUAAUCGGAUCUAUAUGUUCUAAAUAUGACAUCAUUUUGGCUAGCACCUCUCCACGGAGGUAUGAAAUUUUACACGAUGUAAUGGGAAUUGCUGAUUUGAAAACAAUGGUUUCUACAUUUGAGGAAGAUCUUGAUAAAACAAAUUAUUCUACAGAUCCAAUUGGAUAUGUACGCGAUACUAGCUGGCACAAAGCGCAGAAUAUAAUUGAGAUUUUAACUGACUACGAAAACGAAAACUUAAAUGAAAUUGGUAAACCUAAGCUUAUCAUAUGUGCAGACACAAUUAUUAUAGACAAGAGUGGGCGAAUUUACGAAAAGCCUAAAACAAAAGACAUCCAAAGGAAGUUUUUAAUGAAGUUUUGCUAUGAGGAUGAUGAACCUGUUAACGUUGUCACGGCUGUGACAUUGGUUAAAUGGUACGGCAAAAAAAACUUCGAACUGGUACCAUUCCGGGAUGAAACGAAGGUAUACUUUGAUAACAAGAUACCACUGAGAAUAUUGGAAGAAUACGUAGAAAGCGGCGAUGGGCUAGAGGUUGGCGGUGGAUUCAAAAUACAAGGGCAAGGGGCCAUACUUAUUGAAAAAAUCGAAGGUGAUUAUUACAACGUAGUUGGAUUACCUCUUAACAAAACGUUCAAAGGACUCUACGCUGAGGCUAAUUCCAUAUAA